ACAGAGCUGGGAGGAAUGGCCAACACCCCAGAGUGCUGUGCAGCCCUUCAGAAGGACCUCAGCAGUUUGGACAGACGGGCAGAGAAGAACCAUCUGAUAUUCAGCAAAGGCAAAUGCAGGGUCCUGCACCUGGGGAGACACAACCCCAGACUGUGCAGAAUGUCAUCUGAUGAGGAGAAAAGCACAAGUCCAGUUUUGCCAAAUGACUUUGUUCAGGACAGUCCUGUUUCUUCAGAUCCUCAGAUUUGUCACUGGAUGCUGUCUGUUGACACUUACUGUUGGCGCAUAAGCGAUGAAUAUGAAGAGCUGUUUCGUUAUACUGUAGUGACUCCGAAGUUUGAGCAGUGUGUCUCGAAGUUACCAGAGCCUGCAUCAGAGCAGAGACUGCCUGACAGAGUUUCAAGAGUAACAGAUGAUACCGAUCACCAUAAGACUCCAGUCUUGACAUCAGUGAAACAGGCUGGUAUGGAACAACCUGCUUUUUCAGAAGCAACUUCUUUUCAAGGAUCCACACAUGGUCCAAGAGAAGUCAGCAAAACCAUAGUGACCGAAUUAACUUUACCAGAUGAAAAAGUCACUCAAAUAGAAAAUAUUCUUGAUCUCUGGAGUGGAAGUCUUAAGACAAAUAUUCUGACUGAACUGAAAAACUGGAAACUUGAUUUGAUUCAACAGCACAAGCUUCAAAUGAAACAAGAGAAAGAGAAACAUGCCGCACAUUUGAAACAACUGCAGAAUGAGAUGGAAAACUUAAAGGAGUUGCUUCAUACUUACGAAAUCUCUGUUAGGAGGAAAGAUGAGGUAAUUACUAACUUAACCCAAGCAUUAGAAAAGCAAACGGACAGAGUAGAGUUGAUGAGAAAGUUUACACUCUGGAGGAUUCAGCAUGUUAAAGCCAAACAAGAGGAAUAUGCAGUUAGAAUGGCAGAUGCACAUUUCCGUACAGCUUUGAUGAAAAAAGUGUGGGCAGCAUGGCGCUCUCUUAGUGAAGAAAGAUGGAAAGACAAAGUAGCAAAAGCCUGUCAGUUAAGGGCAGAAGAUGUCUGUGUUCAGCUCACCAAUGAUUAUGAAGCCAAAAUUGCAGAGUUAACUGCUGCUUUGGAACAGACAAAAGCUGAGAUUCUGCGACUGCAUAGUGAAAGAGAUCAGUAUGAAGAGACCAUGAAGAAAGCCUUUAUGCGUGGUGUAUGUGCUUUGAAUCUGGAAGCAAUGAGCAUGUUCCAAGGCAAGGACAGUAGGCCGGAGCCUGAUACAGGAAGCAGGAGAAGUGAUAAUGCUACCACUGGUGCAGGAAGGCUACCUCCUUCACAAUAUAGUCAACCUUCACCACCACCUCCACCAACAGCUUCUCUUCACAUGGAAAAUAUGUUUUCUAGCCACCUGGCUCAUGCAAGCACAUCUGAGACUAGACUAGAUUCUGAUUCUCCAAUAAUCAUUGCUAGCACAACAUCAACAUCGGGUCUGACAUCAACUCAAAAACUGCCCACAGCAAAAGUAAUAACAUCUGCACAACAGAAAGCAGGAAGAACAAUCACUGCUCGAAUCACAGGCCGAGCUGAUAUGGGACAAAAAUCCAGAGCUUCUGGGAGUUUAACAGUGAUGGGAGUUGCUCCACCAAUGAGUUCAGUCAUUGUUGAGAAACAUCAUCCAGUCACUCAGCAAACAAUAUCACAAGCCAUUGCUGCUAAAUAUCCUCGAACUGUGCUUCAUUCUUCUGGCUCUACCUCUUCAAGACCUGCAGGACAAGCUGGGCGAGUGCUUCAGGGCCAAACUCAUACCAUUGUUCAGUCAAUAAAAGUUGUUGACUGACUGAC